AUCAACUCACCAAACUCACUUCAACCUGACUUCAAACCCAAUCCAAACAUCAUCAAAACCCUUAAAUGAACAAUCUCUCAGAACAAAGUCACAUUAAAUUCGAUCAUCAAAACGAAUACGAUGAAUUUAUAAAAAAACUAACUCGUCAAGUUAAAACUUAUACAGAAGAAUCUUGUUUAUGUAAUGGAAUCAGAUUAGGUAGUUCAGAUGCUAAAGUGAUUGAAGAAGUCAUCUUUGAUGUUUUUCUUAAACAUACAAUUGAACUCAUGAGACCCAACUUAUCAAUCUCAGGUCUUCCAAUCCCAGCACCCCCAGACUUCCAAUCACUGUCCAAACCUCAACCAAACCCAACCAAACCCACCACCACCACCACCACCUCACUCUCAGGCCAAACCAAACCGAUCGAUGCUUCUCUAACCGAAAGAGUUGUCAGACAACAAUACGCCGUCAACGAAGCUGCAGUCGAUAACUCACGUAAACGAAAAGGUUUACCGAACCAUUUGAUAAGUUUGGUCAACAGUUCCGUCGAUCAACAUCGAAGCCAAUUGGAUGGUCAGGUUCGAAACGGGUUGGAAUCUAAUGAUGAUUGGUUGAAAGUUUCGGAAGAAAUCGAUCCUAGAAAUCGUUGGAAAAUCAUUAAUGAUGAAGUGACUAAUAUAAAACAAGCACAAGAAGAUUAUACCACCACCGGUUUAAUCAUAUCCAACUUAUUAACCUCACUUCCUUCUAUUGUUGAUAAAACUGAAAGAGCUAUUGAACUUGAAGAAACCUAUGGUGAAAGUUUUAAUCCAGCAAGUUGAAAUCGAUCAGCUCUUUUGAAUGUGACCGUGACCAUGACCGUGACUAUUUUGAAGGUUUUCAAUUUGAUUGACUUUAAUCAAUCGGCAUUCAUUUGAUUUUCUUUUUUUCUUAAUGGCUUGUUCUAUGAUUUUCUUGAUCUCUUUUUUUCUUUUUGUGGUGUUAAAAGUCUUCUUAAAUUACAUAUGACAGUUCUUUUACUUUGUCUUUCUAUGUUUUGGUUUGUUGUUGUUAUAUGUACUUUUUGAUUUGAUUUGAGAGAGGAUUUGAAGUUGUAAGGAAGAAAUAAAAGGUUUAUGGAAGAUGAAAUGAUGAUGUC